ACUUCCCAUCCCAAAAACCAGUUGCACGCCUCCGCCCCCACCCAUGUUGGCAAGUGCGGAAGGAAGGCAGGAAGGAAGUGGCUGCCAGCAGCAUAUCCCACUUGGCUGCCACAUGGGUGCUGGACAUGCUUUGGCCGUAGGCUCACCCGAGUGCCCCGAGAAGUACGGUGAACAGGCGUAUGCCCACACCGAGAACUGUGACCAGUUCUUCCUCUGCACCAAUGGUACCCUGACCCUGGAGACCUGCGAGAAUGGGCUGCUCUUUGAUGGCAAGGGCGCCGUCCACAAUCACUGCAACUACAACUGGGCCGUCGACUGCAAGGGCCGUCAGUGGGAUCCCACUCCGAUCUCCUCGCCGGGCUGUGAGUAUCAGUUCGGUUUGUAUGCGGUGUCCAAGGACUGCGCCACCACGUACAUCAAAUGCGCCCACGGCGAACCCCACGAGCAGGACUGCGAUGCUGGCCUGGCCUACGAUGAGCGCAUCCAUGGCUGCAACUGGCCCGACCAGCUCCUCGAGCACUGCAAUCCCGAGGCUGUCGUUGGCUUCAAGUGCCCCACCAAGGUGGAUCCAAAUUCGGUGGCCGCUCGCUUCUGGCCCUUCCCACGCUUCCCCGUCUCCGGGGACUGCCAUCGCCUGAUCACCUGCGUGGAGGGUCAUCCCCGUCUCAUCAGCUGCGGCGAAGACAAAGUCUUCGAUGAGCACACGCUCACUUGCGAGGAGCCCGAAUACGCCAGCGGCGGUUGCGCCAACUACGGAAAGUAGAGAUCCAUCAUCGGACGUCGUCGUCGUCGUCGUACGAUCUCUGCUGGGAUCGGCUCUGUAUAUAAAUACGUACAUAUGAAAAGCUCAAUAGCUCCAGCUCUCCAGCUCCGACUAGCUGUAUCAAAUCCACUCCAAUCUAUUUAGCUCACCCUCUCUUGAGUCUUUUUUUUUCUUCCUGCACGCGUAUGCCGUAUGCCUUUCGCACUGUCCCGAAUUUCCUAGCGAAAAGAAACCCAAAACCUAAUUAAACAAAAUAUUGCAUAUAGUAGUUUUGCCUAUUAACAUUGUCGUCUAUCGUUCUUUCUUUCUUUCUGUAUUUAAUUCACUUUUUGUUGUUCUUUGGGCUCCCUGUUUUUGUAAAUGAAUCGCAAUAAAGUUAAUUUUAUUUAUUGUAA